AUGUCGCGUAUCGCCCUUCAUUCUGAAAUUCAUCACUCAUCCAGAUCAAGCUCACUCAAAUACAAUCAGUUCCUUGACAAAGCACACAAUCAAAACAAUCCUCGCAACACCAUCGCAACAACAUACCAGAACUAUAAAGACCACCACAAAACCGAACAAAACAUCCUCCGAACACCAGUCUCCAAAUUCCUCUCUGAAGACCAAGUCAAAAUAACAUCAAAGACUUCUCCAAACCACCAAUUACCACUCAAAGUCAAAAUGCCUUUCAGAACCUCCAUGUCAUCCAACUCCUCCUCCAGCGACGCCGCCUCUACACGCUCCGUCUCCUCCAAAGCAUCAACCCUAAAGGGCGUCCAAAACAUGCACAAGAAGUUCCUCGCGACGAAGCACAAGGCCUACACCAACGCCAGCUCUUCCCCAUGCUCCGCUGCUGCUGAGCACAACGCCGCCGUCGCCAGCUAUCUUGCUCUGCGGUGA